AAAAAUGAUGUCAUUGUAUGUAUUAAUAAGCAACAUCGGGUCAUAUGACCGCAUAAUUCGGCACAUGACACGGCACAAUAAUCACUUUAAGAAGUUGUAUUAACGCUUCAGUGUGCAGAGUUUGCAGAAGUAAUAUUUCAAGAGAAGUAAACGAGGAAGUCUAUCUAAAAUCAUGGGUAUUGGCGUUAAAGUUGCACAGGCAUUAUUGUUCGCCUUCAAUUUCGUAUUUGUGGUAAGUAAUAAAUGUUAAAUACUUCGUUUAUAAAACAUGCCGUACGCGCUAGGACAGCUCGUUAAUAAUUUGUAUGUUUAUACAAGAUUUUUAAUUAAAACUACGCCACGUUACAGUUUGUUAGAAGUUCUAUACGUUGCGCCGAGUAAUGCUUAAAAUAAGCCAAGUAAAUAAGCCCUAAAGGCUACUCUUUAAUCUUUAAAAAUACUUCCAAAUAUGCCCAGAUUUUAGGGGUAAAAAUUGCAGCUCGUCAACUCUUCAAUUAUCAGUCAUGCAUGUCGAUUUCGCGUUGGUCAUUUAUACAGCCACAGAAGUCCAGGAAAUUUUCCAGCGAUACCAUUAUUGUAACUUCGUCUACGUAUAUAUUCGUAGAAACAUGAACUUCGACUAUUUCGGUCUGUAAUUUUGUAAAACGCUUUAAAUUUUGCGAUAAGUUUCUGGGUUCCGGCAUUUCAUGAUUCCGCUUCAAAGUGGGCGACUCCUUGCAUAAUUUUGCUUGCAAGACUAAGACGCUGAAGAACAGAUUGGUAUUCACCCAAAUGUCCUGACAGUUUUGAAAUUUCGAAAUGUUAACUCAAGUCAAAGCGAGCUUGUUGGAACGUGCUAUAUUUGAACGUAGUAGCUUUCAAAUCAAAUAUGCCUUGUAGCGAAAGGCAAAGUCCUUGUUGAUUUUGGGGGGAAAUUUGUGUGCACAGCAGGACUGUUCUUACAUUGUAACAUGUCGAAGUUAAAAAAUGGUGUUCUAUAUUUUUGAAGUAAUACUUUUUAGUUAAAAUUAGUAUCAAUUUUCCAUCAGUUUGCUACAAUUUUGAACAGAACAUGUGUGGAUUUUAUACGUGAUUAACAGAGCGAAACUAUUGAACUUCUUCAGCAUUCUUUGUAUGAGCAUUGGUUUCUGUAUAUAAAACGUAUCAUAAUGUAGAACUUACUGUAUUUGGUAUAUGGGUAGCAUCAAUACCAAUGCCUUCCUUAUAUAAAGACGUUUGUUAGAACAGCUAGAUCUCAACAACAAAUGUUUUUGUGUUAAACCUUGCACCUACAAGUAAAGAGCUUUUUUGUUUAUAUUAUUAAUAUUAAGGAAACUUACUUGCAUUUUUUACCAACAUAAAAAGAAGUUCAAAGAGAGAAGAUUUUCAUAUGUUGCAAUAAGCUGGGUACAUCGGUUAUUUGGGGGUUGAGUCUACCUUCCCCUAAUAUGAAACCUGUUACUGUACAAUAUAUUGUAGCAUAAAGAUCUUUUAAUAUCUAUAUGUUAUAUCACCCCUCCCUUUUAUGCUGGACUAUCAGUUCUAAACUGUUAAUUACACUUGAGAUUCAGUAAAGGCACGUCUUAUUGGCCCAGUGUUAUGUAUCAAUCAAUUAGCCUUUCUCCCCAAAUGAGGUGUAAGAUAUUUAAUAUACAAUAUGGCAUGCUUGGUCAUUUUCACAUUCCUUUGUGUAGAAUUGACUUGUAUGUGAAUUCCUUAACCAAUUUCACAUCUACAUGCAGGAGAUAUUCAUUAAUUGUUAUCAGUUCUCACAAAUUACUGAAUGAAUUAAUAUCAAAUUUAAUUUAUUAAGCUUUGUGCUGUUUGGCUGAGCUAAUUAAAGAAUUCAAAUUAACCCAUUGAGUGCCAAUGUACUCCCCUUAAUUGAUUAGUAAAAUUGACUGAUGUUAGAGUAAAAUAAUAAAGUAUGUUGCAUUAGGGUACAAUGCAACUUGUGGGUUAACUAGACACAUGGGCAGAUAGUGUAUCUACAGUAGUGCUGUGCAAACUCCGGUUUUUCAUCAGCUCUGAGCUCCGGCUCCGGCCACUUCAUAAAAUAUUAAAUAAAUGUUUUACGAUCAGAGAACAUUUAUUAAUAUUAUUAUGAAUAACCCUUUUCGCGCUUUCUAAUUAUCAGAUAACAUAACUCCGGAAACAAAACAGUGAAAACACUUAACCACGCAGAAAAUAUCUAUAUGGAAACCAGCCUCGAAAAAUCUUUGACACGAGGCAUGACGCUAACACUCUCGAGACCUGAUUCCACGGGCGCUUUUUCUCAGCGAAAUACGAAAUAUUUCGCCUGUUUCUUUUGAAUUGCGACCAUGUUUCUUUUGAAUUGCGACAUGGCUCUGGGCUCCGGCAUACAAAAUCCAGCUCCGGCGUCGGAAAAACCGCCGUAGGUGUUAAAGUGCUGGCACUCGAUGGGUUGAGAAUUCAUAAAAGUCCAACAAUGUAUGUACACCUUAGAUGAAACAAACACAGUAUACUACUGUACAAGGCCAUAUAACAUUUUGUGAAUUACAAGUUAUCAAUUUCCAGUAAUAGAAACAAUUAACAAUCAAGUAGAGGUUGCCCAACUUUCUAUGCCAUUUCUGUGAAAACUAGGAGGUGUAGCUACCUUGCCCAGUCCUGCACUGCCUACAAACACUUGUCACUGCUGAACAGCUGAAAAUGUUAAUUGGUAUAUUAAAAAUUCAUAUUAUGUUCUGUAGUUGAUCGGCCUUGCUGGCAUAAUCACAGGUGCACUCAUUCGUCUGAAAUAUGACAAAUACGAAGAGUUGACGUCGAAGGACAUUGGAGGAGUCUCCAUCUUGUUAAUUGCCCUCGGUGGCAUCAUCUUCAUUGUUGCGUUCUUUGGAUGUUGUGGUGCGAUACGAAAGAGUGUUAUCAUGCUGACCAUUGUAUGUAAUUAUUGUCAAUUUAAGUUGAUUCAUGUUUCCCAAAUGUGGGAAUUCACUUUGAAGAGCAAUUGUUUCCAGUGACAUUUCGGUUCUGGAAUGGGUGCCCAUUUCCAUGAGAAGAAAAAGUAAUAUAUAUAAAAAGAGAUUUAAAUAAAUUUUUAAAAUGGCCAAACAAUGACCUUACUUGUCACAAGAAUGUUUUGCAGUUUUGGAUUAUCAAAAACUUAAAAAAAACUCAUAAUCUUUAGUUUUUAUGAUUUAAUUAACAGCUUGACUGUUAAAAUCUCUAAAAUGUUCGGUUUUAUGAGAGGGGAGUUGAGUUUGAACCAUACCCAUGAAACACAACCGGCAUUUUGGGAUCUGUGAAACCUUUAUAUUUCUUGAUACCUGCUUUGCAGAUAACAUUGUACAGUGACUAUUUUGUGCCUGAUGUGUUGCAUUUCAAUACAAUAUGUCACUUGUAAAAAUUUUGUUAAUAACUUUGUUGUCAAAAUGCAUUUGUUUUAUAAUCUUAUAGCUUUAUAAUCUUAUAGUUUAUAGUCUUGAUGGUCAUACUGCUUGUGAUUGAGGUUGCUGCUGCAAUUACUGCAUAUGUCUAUAAAGACAAGGUGAGGGAAAUAUAGACAAUAUUACUACCAUUUUCGAGCUUCUGUGAAGCAUGCAUUUAUAACCAGGUUUUAAAACUUUUUUCCAGCAGAGUUUGUCAAUCUAAACUAUUUGUUUGGUGGUAAUAAGUUUUGUAGGCGUGGCGUCAAACAAAUUAUUUUGAACACAAAACUUAAACUUUACUGUAUACACACAACACUUUAUAUUAUUGGUAACAACAAAAUGACAACGGUAAAAAUAAUCAGAAAGAGAAACACCAGGUUUGUAGCACCUUCCAAACUUAUUUAUAGCCUCCAUUUCUAUUUAAUUUUGAAGCCAAAAGAGUAAAGUUUUGUGUUGAAAACAAUUUGUUUGACGCCACGCCUACAAAAGUUAUUGCCCGCCAAACAAAUAGUUUUGAUUGACAAACUCUGCCGGUUCCAGAAACAUUUUAUAACCCAGUUAUACAGUAAAUGCACGCUUCGCGAAAGCUCAAAUGGUAGUAUUCAUCAUGAUACUGUAGUUUAAGCAAGUGAUAAUAACUUUAUGAUUAUGAUUAUUAAAGGUGAUCUACAGUCCGAUCUGCGCAUGUGCACAAAUGAGCCCACUUUUUAUGAUACAAACAGUUUAACUAUGUUUUGAGUUCUUGAAAAGCCUGAUUGUUGUUUCUUGAUCAUUUAUUAUACUCUAGAUAGAAGCUUGAAAAUAUAAAUAGUUGUCGAAUAAAGCUCAAUAUUUUGGGCACAAAAAUGUAAACAAAGGCUUUGUUUACAUACGGACUGUAGAUCACCUUUAAGUUUAUAUUAGGGCCCUAUUGAAAAUUGCCUUGGCAAGAUUUAGGCUCCCUUUUUAUAAAUUGUACAAAAGAGGAUUUGUUAUCUCAAGCCAUAUUUAAGUGAGAUUGAUUUUUGUCUUCUAGACUGCAGAAAAUGCUAACACAGCUUUUUAAUUGUUUGCCACAGUGUCAGAUUAAAUAUCAUGCCUUGCACAAAAAGGUGUUCAAUCAAAUUUUUGCAAUGAACAAUCACCUUAGGACAUGUGUGGAUGCACCUGUUCAGUAUGAAUUAAAAUGACCCAGCAAUUGGCUAUCAAAUUGAUUGCUUGUCCUGACCCCAUAUUGAUACAGUAGCUCGUAAAUUCGAUGUAAAUUUUGAGAAGCUGGCUGAAUUUUAAUAGCCAAUGCCUGAGCAACAGCUCAGUUAAUAUUGGACAUUUGUCAGACCCAAUCGAAAAUGUUAUAAUUCACACAGCACCUAUACCAUUGCUUGCAACUAAGGAUGAAUGGUUGCUCAUAAAAAUGUUCGUCAAAAACACUUGACAGAUUUUAAUCUGAUCAGCCAAUCAUGUUCAACCAGCGCCAAGCUGAUUGGCUGAACGAAUUGAACCCAUCAAAUGUCAGCACAAACAUUGAACUACAAUGUUUUAUCUGCGACCGUUCAUCCUUAGUUGCAAGCGACGGUAUAUCAUAUUGGUACUUCUGUUUAGUAGGUAUGCAAAAAAAGUACCUUGAGUCAGCUCUGUCAAGUGCUUUUUGAUGUCAAGCACCUUUGCAAGCGAUCAUUGCAACUCCUGUAACAAAUAUUGCGAGGAUCCAACUGAUGACUCUCAGUAGACUGCAGAAUUUAACUUGCUUGUAUUCUAUAUCAGGUGAAAGACUAUGUUGGAGAAGGGAUGGAUUAUGCAUUGAAGCAUUAUGAUGAAAAAAAGUACAAGGAAGCCUUUGACACAGUGCAGAAAGAGGUAUUGUACAGUGCGGCAUCUCUAGAAGAUUUAAUUUAAAUUUGAAUUGUUUUGAGAAUUUGUUUUGGAUGUUUUAUUGUAGCAAAUUAUGGCAAAAAAUUGGAGGAAAAUAUUUCGGUGUUUUUAAAAAAAAAAUGGCAUGGCAUCACCGAAUACUUCUUGUUUUGCUUAUUGUUAGGCUAUAUAUAUAUUCCAAACAAAAUAAUGCAGCUGUGUUUCGUUUCAUCUAUUUAUUGUAAUGACUUCAUUUUAGAAUCUAUAACGUUUGGAAAGUUAAAAUUGAAGUAUUUAUGUGUUAAAAACACGUCUUCAUGUUGUAUUUUCAGUCCAAGAUGGUGCCCAAUUUAACAUUUAAGUCAAGGGGCUUCUUGUGCUGCGAGUGUAGCUAGGAUUUGAAUGAGACACUAAUCUGAUUGCUCUAAUGAAAAUGGCUCAAUGAUUGGUUUUCUGGGGAAACGACAAAACACGGACCCCAGGUCCAUGGACUACCUUCGUGGACCUGGUCUGUGGACUACCUUCGUGGACCACUCUCGUGGACCACUUGCGAGACACCAGAUUUUUGGGGUUUGAAUUCUUGACUGUGCAUGCAAAAAUGUGCUCAGUCGAGUUCAGUCAUUAUUAUUAUUGUGGAAACUUUACACAAAAUGUGAAGUUCUGAACAUGACCGUUCUAAAAUAUAAGUGUGCAAUUACGACUUUAAUGCAAAGUUUCCGAAUAUAUGCUUAAAAUUGGUAGGUUUUUUUCUCGAUCGCUACAGGAAAUGCAAGAAAAGCAGUAAUCGAGCUUCAAAAAUUAAUAUUUUUGGAAGAGGACCUUCAGGCAUUGAAAGGUCAUUGCAACUUACGACUUCUACAGUUCAAGUGAUUUUUUAACAGUAAAAUUCGAAUAAUUCAGUAAAAUCCUUUGACCACCCUCACCCCCUCCCCUCCAGAUUCUCCACAGUAUUCCUAUAUUUUUUAAUGGAACCCUGACUACAUUUUUUUCAGCAUUUUUACAGACUUAGUAUUCACUGUUCAUCAAACAAAAACUGAAUUGAUUGUGAAAUAAAUAAUGGAAAUGAAUAAUCAGUAGUUCCCGCCAAUCUUGGCUCCCUAAACUCGGAAUAAUAGUGUUUGGUCUAUUGUUCAGUAGGCGAAAUUUUGCAAGUGGUCCACGAGAGUGGUCCACGGGAGUGGUCCGUGGUCCACAAGUGUAGUCUAUGGACCAGGUCCACGAAGGUAGUCCAUGGACCUGGGGUCCGCGUUUUGUCGUUUCCCGGUUUUCCGCCUCUAAACAGCCAAUUCAAAAGUGUUUAAUAAAUAAGAGUUAUCCUUAUAUAUCAGUUGCUAUAAAGGUUGACAGGCCCAUAUGUGUGCUUCUAUGGCAACAAACUAUGUGUUACCUAAACCAACGUAUAAAUUUAGAGGAAGAAAUGCUACCACUUUAUCUCUGUCUAACGCCAGAUUAUUUUACCCUGUCUAAUGCCAGACGAUUUUACUUGUCAGGGGGAGAUUGCUGCCACUCAUUGCAGUCAAUGGGUUAAACACCUUCAAUAGACUUUCCGCUCCCUUACGAAAAAAGUCUAUAGGUGGCCUAUAGGUUCCUAUAGGAAUUGUUCCAAUUCCCUAUAGAAGCCUUUAGGCACCUAUAGAGCUCUAUAGGCUUAUAGGCAUCCCUAUAGGUCACCUAUAGAAAAUGUUCCAAUUGCCUAUAAAAACCUAUAGAUUUCCUAUAGAAACCUAUAGGUUGGCCUAUAGGCCAGGCCUAUAGACUUUUUUUGUUAGGGCUGUAUAAAUAUGUAAUACAAUAGGUCAAAUAGAAUUCUGGUUAGGGCUCAAAAGUCAACAACUGUUUCUCUCUAGCUUGGUUGAUUAGAGCACAGUGCACUGGAAUUGCAGGUUCAAUUCCUGCCAGAGGUCCCAUAGUUGAAUUUUUGCAACUUUUUGUGGUUAGGUUUAAUAAAUGUAUAAAAAUUUCCAUCAUUCAUCAACAUAAAAUUUUGUUAUUUUUUUUAGUUUGACUGUUGUGGAAAAGAUGGUGUUUCUGACUAUACAAAUCCAAAGCCGUACAAUAUUACCACUAUUCCAGACUCCUGUUGUUCCAACUUGACAAUGGUAGCAAAUCAAAAAGUUUGUACUAAGUUGAAUGCUUACCAAAAGGUAAUUUAAACGUUGUAAUAAAUGUUGCAACAAUGCAACAUAUAUAUAUAUAUUUAUAAUAUAGUCAUCCACCGUAUAUGAGCUGUUCUGCAAUCUGAUUGGUUGAAUUACUCGCCGUAUAUCAGCUCAUAUACGGCGAGUAGCGAAAAACAAGAUGGCGGUCCAAAAACUACAUGAGUUUUGCGAAGCAGAAAAAGGAAAAUAUUCGCUUUGAGAGUAAUAAUAUUACAAGGGAAAACUCUCAAAAAAAUUUGACAGGUUAGCAAAAUUCAUUUAUUACGUAGAAAUUAGUUUAAAUACAAGUUUUUUAAAGAAUUAAUACCGAAACAACAGCGAAAAAACACGUUCAUUGAGAAUAUAAAUUGUUCAGAAAAGUUUGCAAGGAACGACAAAUGAAUUUGCAGUCAACCAGCACUUACUAUAGUACCAAACAUCUGUAUAAUAUAUCUGAGCUUUCCUGUGAGAUAUAGAGGUUCUAAAACCAUUUCUUUCACUUCGUCUUCGAGUUGUAAAACAAAAGUAUUUCAAAUUUUCAAGCGGUUUUUGGCCGAACAAAUUGUCAACACAUUGUAACAGUGAAUAAUUAAUUACUGCUUCAGUUAAUGGCUAUAUUAGAGUAUAUUACAAAACAAUUAUACCAUUCGCUCUCGUCGUAUAUGGCUGAUAGCCAAAUACGACUCGAGCUCAUGGUAUAAUUGUUAAAGAUAUAUAUAUAUAUAUAUAUAUAUAUAUAUAUAUAUAUAUAUAUAUAUAUAUAUAUAUAUAUAUAUAUAUAUAUAUAUAUAUAUAUAUAUAAAAUACAAUAUAAUAAUAGAUUAUUGCUAAAAUCCGGGAUGCUUUCUGGUACCCGAAAAAAAAAACAUGUCGUGUUUUUGCGUCACUCGCAUUCGAGAGUACUAUAACAUUUUGAAAUCAACAUUUUGGGAAUGGCCUGUGGCUGUGAUAAAUGGUUAUUAACUUCAAUAACUUCUUAAUAAUUUGUUUUUCUCUUGGUCCCUUCUCCUCUGAAAUUCUACCUAUAUGUACCCCUUAAAAAACCCUGCUGAAGAAGACCGUUUGGGUUGCCUUUCCUAUACUCAGUUUCAAUCUCGCUCUUACAUAUAUCCUCGCCUUUUAUCGUGUCCCAUUCACCUAUUCUAGUUUCUAUAUAAUCUAUUAAUAUUUGAGGGCAAAACUAGACCUGAUGGGAAGUGAAUUUUAUUCCGGGCAACCAAUUUUCAUGUCUAACUUGCCGUAAUCACAAGUGGUAAUAAUAGUUACACCACUUAUAUUGCAAUAUUUCUAGGGAUGUGAGGAUGCAUUGUUUGACUACCUCAAAGAUCACAUGGCAAUCGUCGGCGGGCUGGCCGCUGGCGUGGCUGUUAUUCAGGUAUAUUACACCCUUA